AUGGUAAAUGCUGCCCGUGGUAAGACAUCGCACGUCCACGAACUUGCCAUGGCUUCUUCUGGUGGCACUACGCUUCUUCCCCCAUCAUCUCUUAGAGAUAUCACAGCUAUAGUGUUUAUUCUACUAUCGUUGCCGCAGCUGGUCUCUUGUAUGGUGUUUUUGACCUAUAUAUUAUCGGGAUCUUCAAAGUUGAUCGGUGGAAGAUUAUUUGCAAAACAUUUUCUUUUUCGAAAAACAUACAAGCAAAAGCCGUUAACACUCGAGGAUACUUCCUAUAACAUAUACGCGUCGAAACUCUUUGCAUCGUUGUUUCAGGCCUUUUCCAUCAACUCCAUCAUCAUAUUAUUUAUGUAUCAUUUCUUCCCGCUUCAAUGGCCCAAAUACUUGUCAAUAUUGGCCAAAUCCAUUAUUGCUUCGGAAAUGAUCGGUUCUGCAUUCAAAAACACCACCACCGUCACUUCUGUGUCUGCUACUACCGCCACUAGCACAACAACAACUACAACCAUCAAACGACCCGCAAGUUUCAAUUUUACGAAACACAAACCGGCAUCGACUUCUUCUGUCAAAUAUGCAUUCAUGAGCUUUGUUCUGGUUUUACUCAUCAGAUUAUCGGUGCAAAAAUGCUCGCUUGCGUUGGAGCAUUCCGAGUUCUACUCGCCCAUCGUUCAAACACUUCAGCAUAUUCAAUGGUCAUUUUUGAAAAAUCAUGAUUUGCUAAAAAAAUCAGACUGCCUUGGAACUUUUGCAUCUUCUGUUAGUCAUCUGUUCUACUGGCACUCGGGGGUAUCCAAUGGCUGGGUUUACCGUGUAGUAAGAUUUGUCUGCACAAAAUGGUUUCACUGUGACGAAAGAGCACUCAGUAUGAUCUCCAAGUGUUCCAGGUGUAUCAACACUUUUCUCAACUACACCUACUUGGUUCUCUGUGUCCAUGUAGUUACAUUGACGAUUUCUCCAGUGUUUCACAGAAUCGUGUUGCUAAAAAACUAUUCAAAGACCCUCGAUGAUUUGUCCAGUUUGACACCCAGCUCUGAAAUUGACUUCAAACGCAAUUUGCAACUUGCCAAAACAAAACGGCCAGCAGAAUUGGACGGAGAGUCCGUUACUAUCAAUGUUGAGCAGCCUCAAAAAUCGUCUAUCCAGGCUAUUCGUGUGCCUGAAACCAUAUCGUCGUCCUCUUGUCCAAGUCCAGGAAUUUCGGCUUCUUUAGCAGCCAAAAAUUUUGAAACUUUUUGUAUGACACCAUUCACAGUGACUCCACCCAGUUCCAUGGUCACUCUCAAACCCCACAGAACCACCAGCAUUACAAAAGUGCCUCCUCCAGUGCCCAACUCAACCACCAUAGUCGAUAAAGACUUGGUUAAUGUCACCACAAAUCAGCCAUUUUGGACACUUUUGGCUGCGACAAAAGCUAUCAUUAAACGCCCCGAUUUCUUUGCCGGAGAAGUUACCAAGAAGAAGAACAACGGAGGAGUAUUUAUAUCCACUCUGGACCUAUCUCAGAGACUUCCUGUGGCAGUGUGCUACAUAGAUAGCCAGUGUGUGGUGUUGGAAGUUCUUCAGCGCAAAGGCUUGCGACUUCCUGAGGCGUCUCGAUUGAGAGCCAAGGUCAAUGGCAUCGCUUGGAUGAGAACCAGUGCUUACUACGGCGUUGACGAGACCUAUAUUUGCAUUUUUGGGCUCUCACCUUUGUCGCAGUACGAAAUUGAAAUCUUUGAAAUUGAAGAUAACCGUUUAGAAAAGUUGUGCCAUGUUGUUUGCAGCACGGUAUCGUCUGUUUCUCGCGCUGUGUUGAGUCAAUCGCAAGAAACUUCGUCGUUUGAGACUUUGCAAAGCAGUUUGAUAGCUGCCAUCAACGGCCUCAACCAGUUGAAGUCCGACUAUAAAAAAAUGAAACGAGAUGAAAACAAAAAAAUUACUGAUCUUAAGAAGGAAAGAGAUUAUGUUCAGAGCAGAAUUUCAAAGUACAAUCAAAACCUCCUCGAUACAAAGUCUAGCGGGAAAAUGAAAGGACUUCAGAAUACGGUUGCGCAGUUUGAGAAUGAGGUUCGUGAAUUAAACGAGCGUUUGAGUUCCUCCAAUACUACACAAGGAAAGACUGAAAACGAGUUCAAGGCUGAGGAGCGUGAGUACCAAGAGAGAAUUGCAGAAACAAACCGUAUUGUUGACAGCUAUGAAGCUUCUUUGGUCAAUCUUCGCAACACCUUGAAGGCAGUAACUUCGGAGGUGCAGCAACUCGAGUCCAAAAAACAAAAGUUGGCCAAUAAGGAGUCAGCCCGGUUGGAAGAGGUGCAAAAAGUAGCCAACGACGUCAAGGUGAUGAAGAAAAAUGGGAUUCUCGGGCGGUUGCAAAAAAGGCAUAAGAAGGUGGAUGAAAAGUUCGAAGGAAUCAUGGCUAAGAUUGCCGAAGCUUCCACCGAGCUAGAAUGGCAGCUUCAACGCAUCCAGCAAUGA